AUGGCAAUUGCUACUAGGACUUUGCGUGGUGAGGCCUUGAAGAAGCUGGCGCAAUGCGUAGGCUCUUCGAAUGUGCACACUGAUACUACCAAAAAUGAUAUGAAUGACGCUGAUGACACUUUGGAGAUGAUCAUUAAGGCACUGCCAAUUUACUACUCUACAUCUCCUGCAAAGCUGUAUACCAUCCCAUUAAAUAUGAAUGAGUGGGAAAUCAUCGUUGGUAUAUGUGCCUCUGUUCCGGAUUCACUAUCGAGGACUCUUGAAAUCUUGGAGAACACAGUGGCACCAUACUUCUUGCAUUCACCAAGGCAACGUAUCUCUGAUCUGAUGUACUCCAAGUUCAGAAUGAGAUCAUUGAAAAACCCAAACGAAUUGUGUACAUUUGAAUUGACCAGAUUUCUGAUCAGAAGCGCUAGAAAGUUCCCAGAGGUAGUUCCAGUGGUUGAAAAACUGUUUGCGCAAUUUGUUGCAUCUGUUACCGAAGUUAUCUUCGAUAACAACACAUGUCUAUUUUCACUGCUGGGGUUCUUGAAUGCUUUCAUAUUGGAAGAAACUCCUCUAAAGUUGAGUUACAUCGUAUGGGAUUUAGUGUCCAACUUCUUUAUCAAUCAAAACUUCUUUAAGGACUUGGAUAAUGUCUUGUCCUCGAAUAAUGGGUUCGAUAAAUCUCUAUUGAUUCAAUACUUUGAUGCGGGAGCCGAAAUUUCCUCUGUCAAAUUCUGGGAGUUACUGUCCUCCAUGCAGGUCAAAAUAUUGAGAACAAUGUUGGAAGUUCCAGAAAGUUAUGAAUUGGUCUCUGAAUAUUUAUUGGAUUUGCAAUAUCAGCAUUUUAAGGAUAUGCAUAAGCCAGUUUCUGAACGUAAAGAAUCGGCAAAGUUUGAAAAGUUCAAACGGUUGUUAAGAGACAACCAUAAGAUGUUGUUGUCAUUAUGUCAGUUUUCUUUGAGUGCUUAUGAAGCUAAGGAAUACUACGAUUUAUCUAAUGAAACUAGAUCUAAUUACACUUUUGGAACUGAUGCUUAUUUGCUACAGAUGUUAUCAGUUAUUCCAUUUUUAGAUUUUGAAGCAAAUAGAGAGCGUUUUAUGGAUGUGGUGGUUAUGAUGGUUUCAUCAGGUCUUGAAAAAAAUCUACUGUUUGAAGAAUCCAUCCCAUUUCUGAUCAAAACUCUGAUAUCUGUGAGCUCUAUCCUAAACUAUUUUGUUAAAGAGGUUUCCUUAAUUCAAUUACGUUUCUUCCCAAUUUUAAUUGCAUCUCAGCAUAUUAGUAUGGAUAUAAUUGCAAAUGUAACUAGAAACUUCAGUAUGGGUUUAAAACCUCUAAGCGAAGAUGCUAUAGUUAGUACAAUCUACUCGAUCAACAAUCUGCUUGCUCUAACAGAAGAUGGUUUGAUAAUGCCAAUUAUUAAGGAAAGAAAGCAGACGAUUACUUCCUCCAGUGACAGAGAAGUGCUUAAUCAACCAUCAGCUCACAUAUUAGAAGGUUUUGAUUUGAAAGCAACAACAGCAUCUAUCCACCCGGUUAAAUCUUCCGUGCAAGAUUUAACAGGGACACCGGCUACAUACCACAGAAUGCUUUUUAGAAACUGUGUCACUGCUAUAACAAGGAUUGCCUCUCAUUAUAACACACAGUCAAUCACAGCGUUAACAAUCUCAGUUCUUUCUCAAAAAGUGAAUGUUGUCUCUAAGGAGCUAGAUGAUAUUAUUCUGCAGUCGAUGGCUAAACUUGCUCCAUACAUUGGGGUAAAUGAAUUCACUCUGUUCUUGAAAUUUUUAAAAUUAACGGAAAAUGCAGCAAUUAAGCAAAACAAUGAAGCCUUAUUCAAUUGUUUGAUAAGAUCAAAAAUUACUUUAUCUGCUGUCUUACUAGAAAAGUCCUUUAAUACUGACCAUUAUAAAUUCUAUUUACACGACUUGCUCGAGAGUAUCACCUCAAGUGGAGAUGUUGAAAGGUCAGAUCACCAUCGUACACAAUCUGAAAUUACCCGAGUUGCAGAUCAAAUUGUAAUUUAUCUGAAGCCUUUGGCUGCACUACUUCCCCCCAUCAGUCAGAAACCAUUGGAUCUUUCUACAGAUGCUAAGACAACGACUAUGUUCAGAAAUAUAUGGUUCAAUAUGGUAAUUCAUGGUUUUUAUUUUGAAUCUGACAUAGUGAAAAUCAACUAUAACCAACUUCAAAGAAUUGCAAUUAAUAGUCCUCCUUUGACUUCAGAUUUUCCAUCAAAUAAUAAGGAACUUUCUAUUGACUUAAACUCAAUUUUGAGAAGAAGCUCUUCAAGUGCAAAUAUUAAACAGCAAAGACAAUCAAUAUCAGAAUAUCUAAACUCGAACAUUGUACAAGCCAGAACAGUUUCUACUCCAAAAGUGAUGUUUUUAGCCGCUGCUAAACUUCUAGAAACAAUCAGAUGCGAGGUUGGGGAUUGCUCUAAGCUUGUCCAAUACUUGUCAGAUCCAGCUAUGACUUCUAGCUCUGUUGAAAAUUGCAUUAGCUUUAUGACAAUUGCGAUGAUUAAAAAAUAUGCUGAAAUAGCAAAAAGAGAAACUACUGAACAAUUCAAUUCUACUCGUAUUGCCGACCAACUGAACAAUCUUCUAUUGUGUCUGGCUCAUAGAGAUGAAAACCUUCAGAAUAUAGCAUUUCAAGCUUGUGAUCUAUUUAUCAAGAGUAUUCCAUCUUCAUUGUUGCAUCAUCACUCGUUAUACACUCUUUUGGAUUUACUAACUACACUUUUUGAUAGUAUUGAGGACUGUGAAAGAACAAAAUUUGAUCCGAACUAUGAGUUUUUAUUAAAAUACUCACAAGUGAGAGUAUUACUACCGGGUUCCAUAUAUUGGAGAAAGGAGACUUUGGCAAGGUUACAUAAAUCUGCCAGGACUUGGUUAUUGAUAAUUUUGGAGACAGCUAAUCAAAACUCGAAAAUUUUGUUGAAUACAUACAUUUCUGGUGUCGCACAGUUUUAUAGAUCAAAUACAAUUGAAUAUGGUGUAUCCUUUGCGAUUGAAAUGGCGGGUUCUAUUUUAAAUGCCGAUAGAGAACUAAGUAAAAUGUCUUUUGGAGGUUUCCAAAGACCAAAUGCAGUUGCAGGUUUUAUAUCACAGCAAUCUUGGAGAUCCAAGUUCCUUGCCGAUACUAGCAUUUCAUUUACUCCUGAGGUGUUUGCUGAUGAAAUUCAAAAGCAAGCUGAUGAUAUCAGAGUGAAAGUUCAAGCAAAACGUUUUGUUUCAGGCCAGGAAGUAUCUGAUUUGCUUGACUUCUGUGCUGCUCUUCUAAUCAUUGGUAAUUAUAAUGGGAAGUCGGUAUUGUAUAAUCUAGUGCGUAUCCCUUUCGAAGUUUUCACAUCUUUCUCAAUGAAAAGCGCAACAAACAUUUGGCUAACAGUUAUAACUGAAAGACCUGACCUUGCUCAUGUUAUUUUAAGUGAUGUGAUCUUGUGUUGGAAGGAGUCUAUAAUUUCAAAGAAGGGUUUAUUCGAUCGUGAGCAUGAUUUACUACCGGAAGAUUAUCAAAUGAUGGAGUAUGCACCAUAUGAUAAAGUCAAAAUUGAUAGAGAUGCAAGAAUUGCAUCUAGUACUUUUGAGCCACACAGACAUAUUAUCAAGUUCUUUUCUUCACACUUUGCUGGUACUCAACACCAAAGUGAUCAUCUACUGAAUCUGUUCACGACUUGCUUCAUUUAUGGUGUUCAAGAGUUUUCAAAGGCCUCAUUACAUCCCUUUGCUCGUCUGAUUAGAAACGAAUAUUUGCUUUUUGGUAUAUCUAUUUUAAGGGCUAAUGUUAGAAGAAAUACGAAUACAGUGUCAUCUUUAUGUCGUUUAAUCAUUAAUGCCGGUCUAGAAUGGUUUAGAAAGCCAUUCUCAUGGCCUUUCGGUUCAAAUGAAUUAAAAAUUAGGGCCGAUCUGUCAAUUUUGAGUGACGUUUAUAAAGCGACUGAUUCUCUAAGUUCAGUCUUCUCAGAACACUCUGGUAAGUCUUUCAAAUUGUUUGAGUAUUUUAUUGCCCAUGAGAUACAGCAAAUACAGGUUUGGUUAACGCCUUUGGAUAAAAUUCAAGGCGCAAAUAGUAAUGACUUGCCACUGAAUAUGCUACAAACAGCUUUUGAUAUUAAUCCUGAUUUAGCUCUCAAUAUUGCGCAAAGAUAUCAGAGUAAGAAGUUGGAUCAAGCAUUAGUUGAUAUGAUAAUCAAGGAGCCAUUAAAAUCCGUUACUACUGCAUCUGCGUUAAGCUUGUAUUUGGAUGAAAGAAGGUUAAACAAAAACUCCGAUUUACAUCACAUCCUAUACUGGGUACCUGUUGCUCCUCUAAAAGCUAUCAAUCUCUUUUUGCCGAAUUGGAAUCAGAAUGAAUUUAUUUUGCAAUACAGUAUUUUUGCCCUUGAAUCACAUGAUGUUAACUUGACGUUCUUUUAUGUUCCUCAGAUUGUUCAAUGUUUGAGAUAUGAUAAAACAGGAUAUGUAGAGAGGUUAAUCAUGGAGACUGCAAAGAUCAGUAUGUUAUUCUCACACCAAAUUAUUUGGAACAUGCUUGCUAACUGCUACAAAGAUGAUGAGGGUAUCAUUGAGGAUGACAUCAAGCCCAUAUUGGAUCGGGUACGUACACAUAUGGUAUCCGAAUUUGAUCAGCCCGCAUUGGAGCUAUAUCAAAAGGAAUUUUCUUUCUUCAAUGAAGUCACUGGUAUUUCAGGUAAAUUGAAGCCAUAUAUCAAGAAGACAAAAGCCGAAAAGAAGAAGAAGAUCGAUGAAGAGAUGAGCAAGGUUGUCGUUAAGCCAGGUGUAUAUCUGCCAUCGAACCCUGAUGGUAUUGUUAUUGACAUAGAUAGGAAGAGUGGUAAGCCUUUGCAAUCCCAUGCCAAAGCACCAUUUAUGGCUACAUUUAAGAUCAAAAAGGAGUUGCAAGACUCUAAGACUGGUGAUCGUAUUACUGUUGAGAACUGGCAAGCAGCCAUUUUCAAAGUAGGUGAUGAUUGUAGACAAGAUGUGUUGGCGUUGCAAUUGAUUUCCGUUUUCAAGACCAUAUGGUCCAGUAUUGGGCUUGACGUGUACGUCUAUCCUAACAGGGUGACUGCUACUGCACCUGGGUGUGGUGUUAUCGAUGUGUUGCCGAACAGUAUAUCGAGGGACAUGCUUGGCCGUGAAGCUGUGAAUGGGUUAUACGAGUACUUCGUGUCAAAGUUCGGCCAUGAGAACACCAUUGAGUUUCAGAAAGCGCGCACCAAUUUUGUCAAGUCUCUAGCUGGUUACAGUGUUAUCUCUUAUCUGUUGCAAUUUAAGGACCGUCACAAUGGUAACAUUAUGUAUGAUGGGGAUGGCCACUGUCUGCACAUUGACUUCGGUUUUAUCUUUGACAUUGUUCCCGGUGGUGUGAAAUUCGAAGCAGUACCAUUCAAGCUUACGAAGGAGAUGGUGCGCGUCAUGGGUGGCUCGCAGAACACGCAAGCGUACCAGGACUUCGAGGAGCUGUGCAUCAAGGCGUACCUAGCGGCUAGGCCGCACAUGGACAUGAUUCUGUCGUGUGUCGAGCCCAUGCUAGGCAGCGGGUUGCCCUGUUUCAAAGGCAGCAAGACAAUGCGCAACCUGGAGAACCGGUUCCAACCGCACCGCACAGACCAAGAGGCAGCGAACUACAUGAAACAACUGAUCAACAAGAGUUACGAGUCCGUGUUCACAAAGGGUUACGACGAGUUCCAACGUAUCACCAACGGUAUCCCAUACUAG